AUCAGUGUUAUCAGUUCAUAAGUAUUACGUUUCAUGACACUGUUAUUUUAUCAAGUUGUCUAUCAAAUCGGUGAAUGAAAAUUUAAGUUUCGUUAUUAUGUUGCAAGCGCCAUUAACAUCAUUCUCAAAAUCGGGGACGUAAAGACACUUUUUUCUCCUCAUAUCAGCCAAGUAAAUCUGUGAGUCCCAAAGUUGCUCAUUCAUUGCCAUUACACUCAAGUUGAGUUUAGUUUUCUAGCUAUUUUUAUGUGAUUUCUGCUACGAUAUAUUUCUUCUAAAAUUCAACAGUACUCAAGUUUUGGCAGCAUGAAGUUGCACUCCAAGAUGUUUUCUCAGUUUGUGCGGCAACUGACAACGAAUUCUUGCAAUCAUCAAUCUGUUCCUCUGACCAAAGUCCGGUAUCCCCAUCUCAAAAGAGGGCAAUAUGCAGAAAUUAGUGAGAAGCACAUUCAAAUGUUUGAACGAAUAGUUAGUAAGAAUCAAAUACUAACAGAUCCUUCGGAUGUCGAACCCUACAAUAUUGACUGGUUGAAAAUGGUCUGUGGUUACAGUAGUGUUGUUUUGAAACCCCGAAAUACUGAGGAAGUGUCAGAAAUUUUGAAGUUUUGCAACGAUGAAAACAUUGCUGUGUGCCCUCAAGGUGGUAGAACUGGUGUAGUAGGAGGAAGUGUACCUGUUUUUGAUGAAGUAAUAGUAUCAACACAGCUAAUGAAUAAAAUAAUAUCCAUAGACCCCAUCACUGGAGUGUUGAUUUGCCAAGCUGGAUGUGUGCUAGAAAACCUAGAUUCUGCUUUGAAUGAGAAAGGCUUAACAAUGCCUCUCGAUUUGGGUGCCAAAGGAAGUUGUCAUAUAGGAGGAAAUGUCUCAACCAAUGCUGGUGGCAUUCGUUAUUUACGCUAUGGAAGUUUGCAUGGCAAUGUUCUCGGAAUUGAGGCUGUCAAGGCAGAUGGAAAAAUUCUUGACUGUCUUGGGACCAUGAAGAAAGACAACACAGGGUAUCAUUUGAAAAAUUUAUUCAUAGGAUCAGAAGGAACUUUAGGUCUUGUGACAAAAGUAGCCAUCAAAUGUCCACCAAAACCAAAGGCUGUGAAUGUAGCUUUCAUUGGAUUAGAAAGUUUCGAAAACAUCCUCUCUGUUUUCCAAUUGGCAAAAAGUGAAUUGGCUGAGGUCCUCAGUGCAUUUGAGAUGAUGGAUGCUCCAUCAAUGCAUUCGGUUGUCGACGUUUAUCAUGUAAAGUCGCCUGUGGAGAAGUGUCCGUUCUACGCUCUCAUUGAAACCUCUGGUAGCAAUGCAUCGCAUGAUGAGGAAAAGCUUACCUCAUUUCUUGAGAAAGGAAUGGCUGAAGGCUUGAUCAUUGAUGGGACCGUAACUGGGGAACCCUCUCGGAUGCUGAAUUUGUGGCAACUUCGGGAAGGAAUACCAGAAGCAAUUUUGCAUAGUAAAGAAAAUUGUUAUGUGUACAAAUAUGAUAUAUCCUUGCCUCCUCAACAAUUUUACCAGAUUGUUGAUGAAUGUAAGAAGCGCCUUGAAGGAAAAAACUACAGUCUUUGUUGUGGCUAUGGGCAUGUUGGAGACUGCAAUCUACACUUGAAUGUGUCGAUCCCAGAAUACAGCCCUGAAAUAACAAACAUUCUGGAACCCUUUGUCUUUGAAUGGACAGCCCACUAUGGUGGAAGUAUCAGUGCAGAGCAUGGCAUUGGUUUCAAAAAAACUCAGUAUUUACAUCUUUCGAAAACGGCUGAAUCUAUUGAAGUUAUGAGACAACUGAAACAGGUUUUUGAUCCAAAAGGUAUUUUGAACCCUUACAAAGUGCUUCCUGAUGUUUAAUAAAUAAUGGAACAAAAUGUUCAUUGAGUUUAUUUCAACAUUUUAUUAAAUUUUAGAAAAAUUUCCCCAGAAUUUUUUUAAGAAGGGGGAAAAAUAAAAUAAGAAAACUUGCAAAACAUAUAAUGAAGUUUGAAUGUAAAAAAUAUGAGUGCAAAAAUGUGCCUUAAAAGUUUCUAUUACUUUUACCGUUUUACAAUUGCACUUAUUAUCAGUCAAUCAAAAAUCUCAUACUUUUUAGGAUAAACCUGUAAAAAAUGAUGGAAGUUCAUUCUCAAGUUGUAUUCCUCAAGCAUACAUUUUUUUAUUAUUUUUACCAGAAAAUUUUGUUUCUAAGUUUUUUAGGUACUUGAUAUUAAACUUGUCGCUUUUCCAAUGCUCAAGACCUGCUUCUAUAAUCAUACUGUUUUACCUUUUGAAAAAAGUAAUAGUGAAUUUGAAAGUGCUUUUAUUUUCAACAAAUGUCACUUUCCUAUGAGCACUCUCCAGAUUUCACUGUAAUUUGGCAGAGUUGUCAAAUAUUAAUUUGCAUUGUAAUGCAUUAGUAAUGAGAUAAAGCAUACCUAAUUUUCAACAUUUCCAACAAAUAAAGGAAGGAAGGAAGUCACUACAGUUUUAUCUUCAAAAGACUGAAAUUUGAAAGUAGGUACAAAAUUUUAAGGUAGGGACUCUCUUUUCCUGUGCACUUGAGUUCAUGUAUCAAAAUGAUCAUGACCAAAAUUAUUUAAUCUUAUACCUAAUAUCGAUCCUGUUUGUAUACGUAACCAGAAAGGAAGCUACAAGUACAUGAUAUAAUUUGCAGCUUACAAAUGUAGCUUGGAGGUAAAGAUUGUCUUUCUGUAAUUUGUCCGUUUAAUUUUAUUAAUAUUUAUUUUUUUAAUACUGCGGGGACAUCUAAUUGAAGAGUGUAAAUAAAUUUAUAAUUAUUUUUAUUUUUAAUUCCUAGAAACUUCGCAUGUGAUAUGUUAUAACUAAAAAAUUACUCAACAUUACGCAUUAAAAUUGUUUAGAGAUUUCAAAACAUACUUCAUAUUUUAAGGCUUUAUAUUUAAUUUUAAGUGCGAAUGCUGAAACUUUUACUCUAUUUCACUUAAAAAGAGAUAUGAGUGUAAACGGUCAACAAUCAUACAAUUUUGAGUAGUGAGAUCGAGAUCAAAUUUAAAGUACGUGAGAUUAAAUGCUUGUAAUGAGAUCCAUAUUGAAUCAUGCCACUGCUUCUCAUCAGUUGAGCUCUCGCUCAACCAUAUUUUCUCAAGUAUGAUAGUUGGGCCUGUUAUACUGCCGAAGUUUUUUCGAUUAUUGCAAAGUGGCAGUAUAACUCAUCUGAAUAUCAUUAUGUAUUACGCAAUUCAAAACCUCAAAAAAUUGUGAAGACAGAUGAUAGGCUUGAGAAUCAAUUAUAUUGUUUUCAAUUCAAAUGUAAUCCUCUUUGGAGUAAGAAUAAACCUGUUGUUUUUAAAAUGUACCUGGCAAACCAUUACUAUGUAAGUUAAAGUUAAUUACUAAGCAUCAUUUU